CCCUCUCGCUCUCUGAAUCCCGCUCUCCGCCGCCGCAGAAGUCGCAGAGGAGAUGCAGUCAUUGCAGGAGAAAGCGUCGGUGUGGAGCGGCGUGGCGGCGAGCGACGCCUUUGCGAUCGAUGAAACCAAUGUCUUCAAUGCUCUUGGCGGCGACAUUAAGCCCUUUGUCGACUUGUCCACUAAUUUCUACAAUAGGGUUUAUGAUGACGAAGAGGAGUGGUUCCGAUCGAUCUUCGCAGGGUCGAGGAAGGAGGAUGCGAUUCGGAAUCAGUAUGAGUUCUUUGUGCAGAGAAUGGGAGGCCCUCCUCUUUACUCCCAAAGAAAAGGCCAUCCUGCCCUAAUUGGGCGCCAUCGUCCAUUUCCUGUUACUCAUCAAGCAGCAGAGAGGUGGUUACACCAUAUGCAGCAGGCAUUAGAUAUUACCCCAACCAUUGACCCCGAUUCAAAAAUCAAAAUGAUGAAUUUCUUCAGGCAUACUGCGUUCUUUCUUGUGGCUGGGAAUGAGAUUACCAGGCAAGCUCAAUGAGCCCCUUUGCGACAGGAUAUAAAAAUGCUGGUAUGCUUGUAGGAUUAAUUUUCUUGAAGAAAGAAGCAUUUACUCUAUAUGGCUAAAUUUUAAUGCCCAUGAAUCUAUUACUAAUUAUAAAGUAUAGGAAAUUGUAGGAAAUGUUUUUCUUGGAAAUUGUCUUUCAUAACUUAGAUGUACGCAGAGCUCUACUUUGCUAUUGUUUAGUCACAUAACUUGACCUUAUUGCUAUAGUAGCUUAUAAAAGCGUUGGUUUUUUCUUU